AUGACUGUUGUAUUCCAUGAGCUGACUAUUAAUGAACAAGAUGGAAAAGAAGAAUAUAUUGCAACAUUCAAAGGAUCAGAGUAUUUCUGCUAUGAUCUCUCCCAGAAUCCUAUCCAAAGCAGCAGCGAUGAAAUAACUCUGUCCUUUAAAACUCUACAGAGGAAUGGACUUAUGCUUCACACUGGGAAAUCAGCUGAUUAUGUCAACCUUGCCCUGAAAAAUGGAGCUGUCUCCUUAGUUAUUAAUUUGGGCUCAGGGGCCUUUGAAGCACUGGUGGAACCUGUGAAUGGGAAAUUUAAUGACAAUGCCUGGCAUGAUGUGAAAGUAACCAGGAAUCUGCGUCAGGUGACUAUAUCAGUGGAUGGAAUUCUGACCACGACGGGCUACACACAAGAAGACUACACCAUGUUGGGCUCCGAUGAUUUUUUCUAUGUUGGAGGCAGUCCUAGCACAGCAGACUUGCCAGGAUCACCUGUCAGUAACAACUUUAUGGGUUGUCUCAAAGAGGUUGUUUAUAAAAACAAUGAUGUAAGACUGGAAUUGUCUCGACUGGCCAAACAAGGAGAUCCUAAGAUGAAGAUCCAUGGUGUCGUGGCAUUUAAGUGUGAAAAUGUGGCAACCUUGGAUCCAAUCACUUUUGAAACACCAGAAUCCUUUAUUUCUUUGCCUAAAUGGAAUGCCAAAAAAACAGGCUCAAUAUCCUUUGACUUUCGCACUACUGAACCCAAUGGGCUGAUUCUCUUCAGCCAUGGCAAACCACGACAUCAGAAAGAUGCCAAACAUCCACAAAUGGUUAAAGUUGACUUCUUUGCCAUUGAAAUGCUUGAUGGGCACCUCUAUCUGCUUUUAGACAUGGGAUCGGGAACAAUUAAAAUAAAAGCUUUGCAGAAAAAAGUGAAUGAUGGAGAGUGGUACCAUGUUGACUUUCAAAGAGACGGACGAUCUGGUACUAUUUCUGUCAACACAAUGCGUACUCCAUAUACUGCACCAGGAGAAAGUGAGAUCUUGGACCUUGAUGAUGAUUUAUACCUUGGAGGUUUGCCAGAAAAUAAAGCUGGCCUUGUCUUUCCAACGGAAGUCUGGACAGCCCUUCUAAAUUAUGGCUAUGUGGGCUGUAUUCGAGACUUGUUUAUUGAUGGACAAAGUAAAGACAUCCGUCAAAUGGCAGAAAUCCAGAGCACAUCUGGGGUGAAACCCUCCUGUUCAAGAGAAACAGCAAAGCCAUGUCUAAGCAACCCAUGUAAAAACAAUGGUGUAUGUAGAGAUGGCUGGAACAGAUAUGUCUGUGAUUGCUCUGGUACAGGCUACCUGGGCAGGUCAUGUGAACGAGAGGCAACUGUUCUAAGCUAUGAUGGAAGCAUGUUUAUGAAAAUUCAACUCCCUAUGGUGAUGCACACAGAAGCAGAAGAUGUGUCCUUACGGUUCAGGUCUCAGAGAGCAUAUGGCAUUCUGAUGGCCACAACUUCAAGAGAAUCUGCUGACACAUUGCGUUUAGAGCUGGAUGCAGGACGAGUUAAGCUAACAGUCAACCUAGACUGUAUCAGGAUUAACUGUAAUUCCAGUAAGUGCCUAUUCAAAAUUUUUAAAUUUAUUAUUCCUCCAUUAUGA